UAAAAAAAAAGCUGACAGUUUGUCUACGCCCUACCAUCCAAAACUUCGCGUGUGUGACCCGUGGAACAUUAUUUAUAAUUUGAUCUAAAUAUAGAUUGAUAUUAUUUAUCGUAUCCCACAGUUAGUUAGAAAGGUUCGAGAGAGUACAGUGAUUCUGCAUGUGCAAUAAUAUAGUGGAAACAUGUGUUUCGAUGUGAAUAUAUCGUGAUUCAAUGACACUACCAAAGAUAGUUGUCAACAAAUUCUAAUAAUUAUAUAGAAGUUGCUCUUUAUUUAAAUUUGCUGAUAAUCCGCUGAAUUUCUGGGUGAUGUGAGAUUUUAGUUUGAAUUGGUGAUAGCGACGGGGUGUUGAACUGAAACCCAUUUCCGGUGAUGUAGUGUGGGUGCGUUAUUGGUUCACGAUAUAACACAGGAUGGCGAAUCCUCCGGUCGGAGUUUCGUUCGACCAGAAUGAUAUGUCCAGCUGGUAUUUCAGCGGUCUCUCCCGCGCGGAGGCCACCAAACUGCUUCUCAAUGAGACGGAGAGCGGCGUUUUCCUCGUCCGGGAUUCCAAAACAAUACACGGAGACUAUGUACUGUGUGUCAGGGAGGACGACCGUGUGUCCCACUACAUAAUAAAUCGCAUGGUGUCCCCGGAUGGCACAACUCGUUUCCGUAUCGGGAACCAGUUGUUCGCGGACAUGCCGGCAUUGUUGGCGUUCUAUCGUCUCCACUACCUGGACACGACGCCCCUGGUGAAGCCUCUGCCCCAGGCCAGUGUCCAGGCGACCGCGGCCCCUACUCACUCCUACCACGUGCUCGAAGUUGUCAUAGCCAAAUUCGAUUUCGUCGGAUGUGACGCUGAUGAUCUACCCUUCCGCCGUGGAGAGAGGUUGAUGGUGAUAAAUCGUGAUGAAGAGCAAUGGUGGACAGCCAGGAACGCUCAAGGCAGGACGGGUUCCAUACCCGUCCCGUACGUACAGAGGUUACUGGACCCGUCGGGCGUGCCGUACCCCGCGGGCGAGGCCAUGUCCCAAUUGGACCCCCCCAGCCCGCCCGCCAACAAGACGCCACAGAAACCCACGAACAUGCAGCGGACGCUCCCCGCGUUGGCGCGGGUGCGGCAGACGCGAGUCCCGAACGCGUAUGACAAAACAGCUCUUAAGUUACAGGAAGGGGAUAUACUGAAGGUAACAAAAAUGAACAUAAACGGUCAAUGGGAGGGCGAGCUGAACGGGAAGGUUGGACAUUUCCCAUUCACAUACGUAGAGUUCCUUGAUGACGUCACCAGCUAAUAAGGACCAGCACAGGACUGUGAUGCCUUGCGACACACACACACACACACAUUCACACAUUCAUAUGGCAAAUAUGUGUGUCGUCAAAGGAAAUUGAACCUUCAAUAUAACUUGUUAUGGUAACUUACUGAAUGUUAAACUAUGCAAAGAACAACUGCCUCACAAGAGACGAGAUAUAUAUUAAAUAUGUACAAAAUAAAGGCAAAAUAUUAGUGUACGGAACUUGAUAGAUACUGUGACAAGUACUGCAGUUGGGAGAGACCGUUUCGGUGGCUUAAAAAAAAUUAAACUUAAUACAAGUUGUCAUUAUCACACUAUAUACGACGCGUUUACUGUUUGUCAUCUGAUAACUCACGUUAGUACUAUCGCAAGCGAAGUAUUAUUUAUAAGAAACUUUGUACUUGUAAGACAUACACAAUACAUGCGCCAUAGUGAAUAUACGGAUAUGAAAAAUUGUACAACAAAUGAUAGUACUGAAACGAUUCAAAACAUACAGAUUAAUAAAAUAUCUAAUCAAAACUUUAAAAAAAAAAAUCUUGAAAAGUUUCUCUCUCUCUAACUUAUUGGCCUUUCCUUGCAGACUUCGCCAACGUUUCCGAAAACAUUCCUAACAUCAAAAUAACUGUCAAAAACUAAAAUAUUAUCAAAAUGAAUACAGUAUUAUUGUAUAAAGUGAAAAAUCUUUGUUUUGCCCAACACAGUACUCAUAUAAUAAUUGGUCUAGCAAAUAAAAACGUAGACAUUGGCAUAAUACUCCUUGGUUCCGGUGCGAAGGUAGCCAAAGCUUAAAAAAAAAUCACUAAGGCAUUAUUUAGUAUAUUGAAAGUUUUAGAAAUUGAUAUCUAUUACCAUUCAGUUAAGGUACUUUUUCAAAUGAAUUCUAAUUUUUUGUUAAUGUUUUAUAUAAUUUCAUUCACGUUUCCUCCAGCAUAUUAUAUUCAAGGCAUCACAGUUGCACUCAGCCCACCGAGAGGGCUAUGUAUUUUAAAUGUAACAUAUAUGUAUGUAUGAAAAAUAUUAAUAUUCUGGGUCGCACAACAUUUCCAAAAAGGGCAGCUCUAAUUGCACAGUGCUUAAUAUCUAUACAAACUAUAUACUAGUUAUAUUUCCUUGCACAAAUUAUUUUUUGAACUCAUUGUGCUGUUUUACUCGAGACAUUUAUUACUACGGUGUAUACAUUUUGUUAUUUUUCAUAUUUAAUUAUUACUCUAUUACGUAUUUGUAUGAUAUUUUCUAUUGCAUUUAUAUAAAACCUUUUUUUAAUCAACGUGGAAUUGUUUAAAUGAUUUAAUUUAUAAGAUUAUUGUAGGUACGUCCGAAACAUUUAAGACAGUCUAUGGGCAUUUAACAAAAAUUCAUUACUGUCUCUCACUCUGGUACUGUAUUUUCUCAUUAAACUUAAUUCCUUUUGCUUACACUUCAAACAUCUCUUGGUGUGAUUCAAAUAACACUGGAGUUCGUCUAACAUAUACAAGUAUGACUUAAACCUGUUGUUCCAUAUAAGGAAUUGACAAAGUUACAUCGAAAUAGUUAUAGCUUUAUAAAGGUUUACAAUUUUUAUUAUAUAAUAUAAAUGCAUGGAAGUGAAAAAUAUUAAUUAAUUUAUAAAUCAGUAUGAAAUUGUCAGCAUGAUACUAAAAUCUAUCGGUUAUAUAUUUAGUAGUUUAAGGCAUAAGUAAUAAAUUGUUUCAAUAAGGCUUCAUUCUGACACGAGUUUAUGUAUUUUUAGUACGGAAACGGUACUAUAACAUGGUAAUUUAUUAAAGUAAUCUUGUUAAAACAUUAUUGAACGUAACGUUACACAGGCGUUUUUAAAAAACAAAAACACUUUGUUAACAAAGUAAAUCGUGUUAUUGUCAGUCAUAUCUAGAUAUAGUUACGAUUAAUGCAAUUUAUUUGGUUUAAUUAUAACGUUUAAGCUUUUUGAAACGAACUCGGAUUUUUGGGCGAUUUAAUCUUGACGUGAAACUGGCGCCAUUCCAACUGUCACCUGUCACUUACAACAUAAUGAGGUUAGAAAUAAAACGGGCAUUUUAAUAUAAACUAACAGCUCAAUAUAAAUACAGUAGAAAUAUCUAUAUUUAAACAAAUAUACAUGAUUACUUUAUGUUUAAAAAUUGGUAUGUACUGCUUGACAUAUCGCCUCCGAGACGAGUUCCAUUUAUGAAGUAAUUCUUCCAAAAUAUGAUAGUCAAUAUUUUUAUAAUUGCUGGUGCAAGAAAGUAUUUAGUAUAGUAUUAAGAUAAAAUCGACUGGACAAGUUCUAAGGACAUUUCAUGAUAUGUUACUAACAAAUAAACAUUAACUAUUAACGAAAGGUUCUGUUAUAAUUAAAUGUCUUUCAAUUUGUCCGGUGAUUGAUUAUUGAAAUGCUCCAUAAGAGUUGGGGUUAGUUAAUACCAAAUGUUAUUCAUUGUAUAAAUCGCUAAGGAAAUAUAUUUUGAGAUUACGGAACGUAUAAUGUAUGUAUUGUAAACUUUUUGCGUAAAUCAAAAAUUUGUCUAAUUUUUUUAUAAUGUAACAUUUUAGUAAUAAUAAAUUUAGGAAGGAGUACA